GUUGCAGUUUAAGUGGCGCAAGAUGAGGACGCUUUACACGAUCUACUUCCUGCUGGCGGCGUCGUUCUUUGCCGGCAUUGUGAUAGCGGGAGUGUUGCAGCUCAGCAAAGACCAGCAGCAGGCGAAGCUGGAAGCGUCAGCCGAGGUGGCGGUGCGCAGCAAACGGGAGCUGCUGCGUGUUCUUGGUGGCGGUUUUGGUGGAGCUUCCGGCGCGAAUGCUGCCUCGAACGCGCUCAGUCAAAACGUGGGUGGAUUUGGCUUUUCCAGCUCGAACGCGAACGCAAACGCCUUCAACCAGCAGUUCGGACUCGGCGGGUUCGGUUCGUCCGCCGCCAACGCACAGGCCCAAUCGUUCCAGAGCGACGGACCGUUCGGAUCGUUCGGUGCAUCGGCCGCCAAUUCCGCCAGCCAGGGCUUCAGUGCUGGGCCGGGUGGGCUGGCCGGUUCGGCCGGUUUCUCCGGCAGCCAGACGUACAAUCUGCUCGGCGGCCGCAAGAUCUCGAUCGCCUAUUCGAACGGAUUUUCCCUCGCCAACGGGGGGCGGCCUACGGGAUCGAAUGGGUUCAGUAUUACGCAGAGCUGAGACUAAUGUUCCUCCAGAGCCAGAAAAAAGAAACAAAUACUCCCUCAUAGCAAAAAGAAUCCCGUCCUACGAACGAAAAUUGUACGUAAAUGGUUAGAGAAGGUUAUACAUAGUUGAGUGGAUAGGUGCAGCAUAAUGUUAACUAUUUAUUGUACCCUUAAAGCACUACUUAUAACGUACCAUACAACUAAAAGUUCACAAAAACACACACUGCAAUGCAACAAUAGUGAAACAUGUAUUUACAAAACAUGUGUGUGCUUCCCGGGAAGCUCAACGUACUCAGUGACUUAGUCAUAGAGGUGAUCGUACCAUUUUGCCUUUAUUUAGCAACAAAUAAAGUAAAAAAAACCCCUUUGUCUUAUCGCUCA